AUGAAAACUGUACCAAAUUUAAUUCCAAUGCUACUUCAAAUGAUCGAUGUUGAAGAAGAUGAAACACAAUUGAAUACUUAUCGUUGCUUGGGUAAAUUGAUGAAUGAAAGAGAUAUUAAAACCAUGGCAAGUCCGAAUUUUCUUCAACAUGAUCAAGUCAAAGUUGAAUUAAUAAAACAAAAUGCACUUCCACUACUUAUACGAUGUAUAAUUGAAACUGAAUUUGAUUCGAUUAGAGUCAAACCAAUAGUUCUCGAAAUUCUUCUUGCACUUUCAUUUAAUAAUGAUGCUUCAUCGGCUUUAAAACAAAAUAUAAAUUUGAUGUCAAAAAUUCGAAAUCUUGUCGAUAAUACCAAUUCGGAUAAAUGA